CGAAACUGAAGCCUAACGUUUACAAGUCCCGCCUUCUUACAAGGCUAUAAAAACAACAAGCUGCUUGCCGCCGCCACACAGCGCCUCCCAACCACGAUACUUUGACGUCGUUUAAAGGGAACCAUAAUUGCUGAAAAUGCGCGAGUGCAUCUCUAUCCAUGUCGGUCAGGCCGGAGUCCAGAUGGGCAACGCAUGCUGGGAACUCUACUGCCUGGAGCACGGUAUACAGCCCGAUGGGCAAAUGCCCAGCGACAAGAGCGUUGGAGGGGGAGAUGACUCCUUUAACACCUUCUUUAGUGAGACCGGUUCAGGGAAACAUGUUCCCAGAGCUAUCUUUGUGGACCUGGAGCCAACUGUCAUUGAUGAGGUUCGUACAGGAACCUAUCGGCAGCUCUUCCACCCAGAGCAGCUCAUCACUGGAAAGGAAGAUGCUGCAAACAACUACGCCCGUGGUCACUACACAAUCGGGAAGGAGAUCAUUGACUUGGUUUUGGACCGUACCCGCAAGCUGGCUGACCAGUGCACAGGUCUCCAGGGUUUCCUCAUCUUCCACUCCUUCGGAGGGGGAACUGGUUCUGGCUUCACCUCCCUGCUGAUGGAGCGUCUGUCUGUUGACUACGGCAAGAAGUCCAAGCUGGAGUUUGCAGUUUAUCCAGCUCCUCAGGUGUCCACGGCUGUGGUGGAACCUUACAACUCCAUCCUCACCACCCACACCACCCUGGAGCACUCAGACUGUGCCUUCAUGGUGGACAAUGAGGCCAUCUAUGACAUCUGCCGCAGGAACCUGGACAUCGAGCGUCCUACCUACACCAACCUGAACAGGCUGAUUGGACAAAUCGUGUCUUCCAUCACUGCCUCCCUGCGCUUUGAUGGGGCCUUGAACGUGGACCUGACAGAGUUCCAGACCAACCUGGUGCCCUACCCUCGUAUCCACUUCCCUCUGGCUACCUAUGCCCCUGUCAUCUCAGCAGAGAAGGCUUAUCACGAGCAACUGUCAGUGGCUGACAUCACCAGUGCCUGCUUUGAGCCAGCCAAUCAGAUGGUGAAAUGCGACCCACGUCAUGGUAAAUACAUGGCCUGCUGCCUCUUGUACAGAGGAGAUGUUGUCCCCAAGGAUGUCAAUUCGGCCAUCGCCACAAUCAAGACAAAACGAAGCAUCCAGUUUGUGGAUUGGUGUCCCACUGGCUUCAAGGUGGGCAUCAACUACCAGCCCCCUACUGUGGUUCCUGGAGGAGACCUGGCAAAGGUGCAGAGAGCUGUGUGCAUGCUUAGCAACACAACUGCCAUCGCUGAGGCCUGGGCUCGACUGGACCACAAGUUCGAUUUGAUGUAUGCCAAGAGGGCCUUCGUCCACUGGUACGUGGGAGAGGGGAUGGAGGAAGGGGAGUUCUCUGAGGCCAGGGAGGAUAUGGCUGCCCUGGAGAAGGACUACGAGGAAGUGGGCACUGACAGCGUUGGGGAGGAAGAUGAGGGAGAGGAGUACUAAAGUCUUAAAGUUGUUUCUGCUCUGUGUGUUUGUGAGUUUCUGUUCUGUUGAAACAUGUUAUCGAGCUCAAAUCUUGUUUGUAUGUUUGUGGAUUUAUUUUUUUCCCACAAGUUUAAAGUUCAGAAAACUGAAGUGGGUCUGUCAAACUGGUUUAAUGCAGGUUACAGAGAAGAUGGUGUGAAGACUAGCCUGUUAACUGGUAACAUGAAACUUUUGGUUGUAACUGUUCUGAAAACCCUGAACAUUUGAAUAAAUUCCUGAUAAAGUUUGACUAAA